GUCGUUGGGAAGAUGUCGAUGCGUCGGCGGAACAGUUUCUACAGGACGUUUAAGAACGUCAUUCCAGAAUAUGAUAAUUAUGUUAUGGACAGAGGAUUAACUGCUGCUGCACAAAACAAAUGGGUUUUCGAAAUUGCUUGGGAAGUUGCAAAUAAAGUUGGUGGCAUCUACACUGUGAUAAAGUCAAAGGCACCCGUAACUGUUGAGGAACUUGGAGAGCAAUACUGUUUACUUGGACCUUACAAUGAAUCAUGUGUCAGGACAGAGGUGGAGUUGCUGGAACCGCAGAGUCAUAUGUUCAGGGAGACUUUACAAACUCUGCGAGAUGCUGGCAUUAAGGUUUAUUUCGGAAGAUGGCUGAUUGAAGGCUAUCCUAAAGUGGUACUUUUUGACAUUGGAUCUGCUGCCUGGAAAUUAGAUGAGUUCAAACAUGAAUUAUGGGAGAAGGCCAACAUAGGAAUACCUUGGCAUGACAGGGAAUCAAAUGAUGCUGUCAUAUUUGGAGCUCUAGUUGCUUGGUUCAUUGGAGAGUUCAGGAAGAAUUUAGAUGAUAAUCCUCUGCUGGUUACACACUUCCACGAGUGGCUGGCUGGGGCAGGAUUGAUAUACCUCCGUACCAGGAAAGUGGACACUGCUACCAUAUUUACUACCCAUGCAACCCUGUUGGGGCGAUAUCUGUGUGCUGGUAACACAGAUUUCUACAACAAUUUAGAAGAGUUUAACCUUGACAAGGAAGCAGGUGACCGUCAGAUCUACCACAGGUACUGUAUGGAGCGGGCAGCAGUUCACUGUGCUCAUGUCUUCUCCACUGUAUCAGAGAUCACUGGUAUUGAGGCAGAACACCUAUUGAAACGAAAGCCAGAUGUGAUUCUUCCCAAUGGUUUGAAUGUUGUCAAAUUUAGUGCUAUCCAUGAAUUUCAAAAUCUUCAUGCAAUCUAUAAAGAAAAAAUCCAUGAUUUUGUAAGAGGACACUUUUAUGGACAUUAUGACUUUGAACUAGACAAGACACUUUAUCUCUUCACUGCUGGGCGAUAUGAAUUUUGUAACAAGGGAGCUGAUGUGUUUAUAGAAGCUUUAGCUCGACUCAACCACUAUCUAAAGAGUUGUGGCAGUGACAUGACAGUUGUGGCAUUCCUAAUAUUCCCAGCCAGAACAAAUAAUUUCAAUGUGGAAUCCCUCAGAGGUCAGGCGAUCGCUAAGCAGUUGAAGGAUACAGUUCAACAUGUACAGAACCAAAUUGGCAAGAGGAUGUUUGAAAUCUGUCUGAGGGGAAAUCUACCAAAGGGAGAAGAUAUACUUUUACAAGAUGAUAUUGUGAAGCUGAAGAGGUGUAUAUACACAGCUCAGCGCCACAAUUUACCUCCCAUCUCAACACACAAUGUAGUGGAUGACUGGAAUGACCAGGUUCUGUCUGCACUGCGUAGGUGUAAACUCUUCAACAAUCGUGAUGAUCGUGUCAAGGUGAUCUUCCACCCUGAGUUUCUCAACUCCACCAACCCCUUGUUUGGUCUGGACUAUGAGGAUUUUGUUCGGGGCUGUCACAUGGGCGUUUUCCCUUCGUACUAUGAGCCCUGGGGAUACACACCAGCCGAGUGCACGGUGAUGGGCAUCCCCAGUAUAACAACAAAUCUGUCAGGAUUUGGCUGUUUUAUGCACGAUCAUAUCGUUGACCCAAAGUCCUAUGGGAUCUACAUUGUAGACCGACAGAAGAAAAGCUUAGAGGAUUCUAUACAGGAACUUGCUCAGUACAUGUUUGACUUCACAUGCUUGUCAAGGAGACAAAGGGUUAUACAGAGGAACAGAACUGAGAGACUUAGUGAACUGCUAGAUUGGAAAAACUUGGGUGUGUACUACAGAAAAGCCAGACACAUAGCAGUGACACGCACAUAUCCAGAUGCUUUCGAGGAUGCAGAUAAUUUGUCUGAGAAAUCAGGGAAGAAAUUUAUGUAUCCAAAACCAGCAUCAGAACCUCCAUCACCAUCAAUGUCAAGGUCAUCUACUCCAGUUCCCUCAGAAACAGAUGAUCUGGAUCAUGAUGAUGACCAUCUAGAAGAUGAUGAUGAGGAGGAUGACUUUGAUGAAGAUCCAGAGGCUGACCAGCAGAAAUAAUGUCCCAGCAUUAAGGGAGAUAACUACAGUAUGACAGAUUACAAUAAUUACGGACAAAGCAACACCAGAUCUGAUGUAGUGUUUUUAGUGUUACUGGUAUAGCGUACAGUUAACUCUCAAACACGGUGUGUUUUCUUUAGCUAGUCUUAUUGAUGUUCAGGUAGACAAACCUAUUGUUAUUUCUAAAGUCUGUAGAAAAAUAGUUUUAAAUAGAUCACCUUUCAAGAAAGAUUUUCAACCAUAAUAAUAUUUUCAAUACAUAAAGGUUGAUAGGUCAGGUCUGUUGAAAUCUUUUUAUCUCAUAUAAAUAAAUAGAAUUGUACCACUAUUUUUAUAUUGUAUCAUCAGAUAUCUGAAACUAAAUAUUGAUGAUAAUGAUACCGGUAAUAACAUACAUUUUGUAUAUGCACACAUUGCAUAUCAUAUGACUGUUAAUUGUUAUAAUUUAAGUUACUGGUUGUUAAUAAUAGAAUUUGUUUUCAUUACCUCAUUACAGCUAUUAUUCCAAAUGAUUUGACAGGACAUUUUAAUGUAAAAUAUUUUAUUCUAAAAUCGGACUCUUUUCUACUUUUAGCAGUUUCUUUUUAAACAGCAUGUUGUCCAAGCUUGAAUUUACUUUGGAUUGAAGCACGUCAAUUUCUGAGCUGGAUAUGUUUUGAUAGCAUCUUGAAGGUCAACCAAAGUUAUUUAAAAAAUUGAAUAUCUUUAUAAACUGAUGACCUCAAAAAUUGCAAAUGCUGGUGAUCUUCACUAGAGAGUAAAUAUACCUAACACAAACUCCCAAGAAUCACACACCCAUUGAAUUCCACAACAAAUUUAUGAAACACCUUAUAGCUUGUAUGUUCUGUGCACGUAGAUUCAGGAUAAACUGUGUGUGAGGUAAAUAGCCAGGUUUUAUAAACAAAAAAUGUUUAUGUUAUCAUCAAUAUUUAUGUUUUACUUUGUAAUGAUAAAUAUUCGUAUUUUGCUUCUAUUGUGCAAUUCACAAAAGCCUAAUUCUAGAAGAAUAUUGCAUACUUUUAGUCAGUUUCUCUCAAUUACAUUGUCAGAUAUUUUUUUUUAUGAAAUUGAAGUCAAAGUUGUUGACUUAAAUAGACUUGGUAAAAUGUUUACAAUGAAGAAUUUAAUUUGACAUUAUCUUGAACAACCAGAGUUAAUACCAUAGAUUUGGUACUCUAAAUAAAGAAUGAAAAAUAAGUUGAUAAUAAAGAUGAAAUAAAACUUCUUUGAAGGAUAAACAGAUUUAAAAGAAAUGAAAUCCAGUUUUAAUGAACCAAAGAAACUUUAUAGUUGUCAGCAGUUUUCGGAAAAAAAAUUAUUUUUUGCCAAAAAACAUGUUUACUUAACAUUAUGUUACAAGAGGUUAGAGUAUACAGUGAGGUUUGUUAUAUAUUGAUUAAGGAGAGAUUGAUAAUCUGUCCGAAUUGUGAAUAUUUUUGAUGAAUGCUAGUAUGUCCUUUCCUUAUAAGGCAUUUGUCACUAGUUUUGGACAAGAGUAAGUAUUGAUGUUAGAAAUGUCUUAUUUUUUCUAGGGCAGAAUAGGCUGUUCUGUUACUUUAAGUGCUGGAAUGUUUAAAAUACGUGUCAAGAUUUUUAUCUGAUAGAAUAAGAAAUCUGCGACAAUCAUGAGAUAUGCAUGAGAAGUUGAGUGUUGUGGAUAAUGCAUGCUUUAGAUGGUACUGGUAACACAAAAGUAGUGCUGAAUUGAACGACUGAUUUCUCUGAAUGAAUGCAGUCAUUAUCAAAUGACUUACUGGAUAUAUAUGUAGAAAUGUGUAGAAGUAUACUAGAAAUGAAAACCAGUUGUCAUUGAAAUGUACUGAAGUUAAUAGCUGUUUAUGCAUCUUUGUAAAAGCAACCAAAGAAAUAGUCUUGAAUCUUAAUAACAUAAUGGAUUGGAUCUUAAUGGCUUUCAUCAUCGGUCAUUUUGUGUUUUGAAAUUUCUGUCAGUGUGAUUUUGAAAAUUUUAAAGUCAAGAUAAUUCAGGUCACAUAUAAUCACUGCAUUGUUUAUUAAAGAUUUUAUGAUGAAAUAGUUAUGUAUGAGCCGACUGCAGCUUUCAAUGUAGGUUAAAGUUCAAUUUCUUAGAGGCAACACAGACAUGUAUAAUACAUAUAUAAUAUACCGGUAUUAUAAAGAGAGGUCCUUGAGUGAACUGAAUGACCCUAGGUUUCUUCCCUCAGAUGUGAGGAUCCUUUAGAGAAACCUUUUGAUUAUCUUCACAUUAUUGGUCCUGAUAGAAAAGUGGAUAGCAUCCAUGUACUUAAUGACUGAAGAUUGCCUAGGGUAACACUUAGGGGAGAUAAUUCAGUUUUGAUAAGUGAAUGAAAUCAAAUAUUCUUACCUAUGCAUUAAGUAUUACUGCAGUUGUCUUUGAAUAUGGCUUAUUGAACAAGCUGGUAUAUAUGUAUAGCCUUUUAAAUUAUACAUAAAAAAACCAUUUUCGGUAAAUUUCGAACAGGAAUCCUCUCAAGCCAUUUGCUAAUAAUCAAGGUUUAUCAGGAUUUUGUUUGUCCAGGAAAUAAAUGUGAAUAACCUGAAAGAACCUGAUUUUACAACAUAUGGGAAAUAUGAGAAAUAUUGCCUUGUCUGGAAAAAUGGGAAAUAUUGCCAUGUCAGGAAAAAUGGGAAAUAUUGCCAUGUCAGGAAAAAUGGGAAAUAAUGCGAUGUCAGGACAAAUGGAAAAUAUAUUUCAUGUCUGGAAAAAUGGGAAAUAUUACCAUGUCAGGAAAAAUGGGAAAUAAUGCGAUGUCAGGAAAAAUGGGAAAUAUUGCCAUGUCAGGAAAAAUGGGAAAUGCGAUGUCAGGACAAAUGGAAAAUAUAUUUCAUGUCUGGAAAAAUGGGAAAUAUUGCCAUGUCAGGAAAAAUGGGAAAUAAUGCGAUGUCAGGAAAAAUGGGAAAUAUUGCCAUGUCAGGAAAAAUGGGAAAUAUUGCCAUGUCAGGAAAAAUGGGAAAUGCGAUGUCAGGACAAAUGGAAAAUAUAUUUCAUGUCUGGAAAAAUGGGAAAUAUUGCCAUGUCAGGAAAAAUGGAAAAUAAUGCGAUGUCAGGAAAAAUGGGAAAUAUUGCCAUGUCAGGAAAAAUGGGAAAUAAUGCGAUGUCAGGAAAAUGGGAAAUAUUGCCAUGUCAGGAAAAAUGGGAAAUGCGAUGUCAGGACAAAUGGAAAAUAUAUUUCCAUGUCAAGAAAAAUGGGAAAUAUUGCCAUGUCAAGAAAAAUGGGAAAUAAUGUGAUGUCAGGAAAAAUGGGAAAUAUUUUUUAUGUCUGGAAAAAUGGGAAAUAUUGCCAUGUCUGGAAAAAAUGGGAAUUAUUGCCAUGUCAGCCAAAAUGAUUAACAUUGCUAUGUCCGUAAAAAUGGGAAAUAUUGCAUGUCCCAUAAAUUGCUCUGUGAUAUUUUUUUGUUGGUCAGAUUUGUCUGUUAUGUCUUGUAACUUGACAUUGAAAAGUACCAUUUCUAGAGAAAAAGGAAAAAAAAGUAUUAACCUGGUAUUUUUUUGAUAGAAAAAUGAUCUAUGUUGGAAUUUUUUAUUGUUACACUCUGUUUACCACUGUUAACCAAAUACGUGACACAUUUCUUAUAAGAUUAGGUACUGGUGUUAGAUCUUGUACUGAUCGAGCGACUGGUAUGUUUUUUCACCUCAUUAGUAUAUACAAUAAAAUAUUUUCCUUGUGCACAAUAUGUGGAAAGUUUCCAUUACAAAUGUUUGAUAACUUAGUUUUUGAAUAUCUAAAAUGAUUACAAUUUGUUGUCUGUUAUAUUUGCAAUAUCCAUAAAAAUUAUUGUUGUGUUUGAGUAUAAAGUAUAAAGCAGAAAUGUUAUAAAAUAUUUGUUUAUAUGAAUGAUAUAUAAUGAUAUAUGUGAGUGAAGAUAUUAAGGUUUAUUCUAAAGACAAACAAACCUAUCAGUAAUUUGAAUCUCGCUAAUUCAGCCACCAUUAAUCCAGGUGCCUGGGGCUUUAGCAGAAUUUCUAUAUUAGGAGAUAGUCACACAAAUCCAGCAAUUUUUAACCCCACCCCGUCUCCUCAGAUUAUUAAUCUGGGUUAUUCGAGACCUUACUAUAUUAUUAUGCAAAUAGAAUGUUUGUUUAUAAAUUGGUUGAAUGUUGGUAAUAUUCUAUGUUUCAACCAAGAUAACUGAUUACUGUCUUGGCAAUAAUGUUAGAUGGGGAGUAUUGGUAAAGAGUAGCACCAAUGUACUGUAUUCUUCAUUUAUCUCACAAUUAAAAGGUGGGCAGAGUCAAAAAAGAAGAUAAUCUCCCGACUAAUUGGGAUGAGGUUAAACAUGACCGGUCAUUUUUAUUGAACCAUAGCAAAAAUGAUUUGUUAAUAUAGUUGAUUAAGUGAGUUCUUUGUCUUACGUGAAUGAAGUUCUAAGCACAAUGUUAAUUACAUAAGGUUCAGAUGAUUUGACAGAUAUGAAUUUCCACCAAAAUGGAAAACAUUCUGAAAAAUUAAAUGUGCAGAGAUUAUAGAUUUUCAAUAUAUGUUCCAACCUUACAGUAAUGUUGAAGAUUCUUGCCUAGAGUUAUUUUCUGUUUUAGAUGGAUACCACUUGAAACAAUAAAUUGAAACUCUUCCAUAAUACCAUACCUGAUCUGAUUUAUGCUAAGAUAAGAUGGUAAAUAUAUUGGUAGAUUUGACCCUGUGAUCCUGAAGCCCUUGAUACAGUUUUUUUUAUCGUACAAUCAAGAUGUUGUUUUACCCACAGGUUCAUGUUAUACUGUAAUGAUUUAAGAAGUUCUGUAUAAGAUAAAUAUUAUUUAAUAUACAGACACAAAUGGACUUAAAUUUAAGACUAACAAGUGUCAUUAAUUCAGAGCUGUGAGAUUAUUCUUUCAUAUUCCCAAAAACUGAUAGUGAGUACAUGUUUUAGCUGUUCAUUAAUACUGCAAAUGGUGAUAUUUUAUUGUCUUGUAAUAAGCCCACACCUUCAUUUGGUUUCAGAAAUAAUGUGUUGAUUAUCAGGGCCUACAUCAAGUUAUAUGAAUAUUUUACUAUUUUAAAAUCAAAAUAUCAUUACAACUAGUCAAAACUGCUGUUUUAUUGGCUAUAUAUCUGUCAUUUUGUGAGCAUAAUAAACAGAGUCAUUUCUUCUAUAUUUUCUUUCAAGCUUUAAUAUUUGAUUCCACACUUUCAUACACAACCAUUAUCCUACAGAAGUCUUUGUAUGACAUACAGACAUUGUCUUUUAUGAGAGCUUUAGAAAGUCAUGGAUAUAUUAAGUAAAUACGAAAAAUAUUGCAGAAUGAGAAAGUUUUAUGUUUGUGUUAUGUUGUCUGAGAGAACUUUAACUUUGUUGACUAUCAAUUCUUUGUAUACAGAAACAGUUGUCUUUGUGUUUAUAAUCAUAUACCAGUCUACACACAAGUCAAGUGUUGUAAUGAAUUUUCACUUCAGAAUGAUGUGAUUCACCGACAGAUUGAAAUACUGUCUUCUUUAAAGAUACCACUGUUGUUUAGCAAACAACAGUCAAGAAUAUAGAAAAACAAAUUGAAAGUUUUCCACAGAUGUGAUGCAUUCCAUCUUAUCUUGCACAAUACAGCAGUGAGCAGUUGUGAUGUGUAGCAGCCAUCUGUUGAACCAUAUUUGUCCAGGUUUCAAGUGCUGCAAAUUCUGCAAAAAACAAAAAAUAUAAAAAAGGGUUGCUGUACUUGAUGCUUCAUAGGGAAAAGUUUUAUUUGUUUUGUUGAAUAAAACAUACAUCAUAUAUGCCUCCCUGUUAUCAGUGUUGUGACACUACCUUAAUAUGAUUUGAAUGAUGGACACAGAUUUAAUGUCACUGAAAGGAGCAUUUUAAAUCUAGUUACAUCUGUAUAUUGUAAUUGGAAAAGACAUGGAUUCAUCAUUGUUCUGUUAAUUCUUAUCUUGAGUGUAUCCCUAUAACUGUAUUUUCAUUCUUACACCAACAAACUUGGUAAUUGUUUUUUGAGAUAAAAUGGGCAUUAUGUUUCAAUAUCAGCUUGGUUUAUAGAACAUAAAUAUGAAAUACAAUAUUAUGUAAUUAUUUGAUUAAAUUACAAUAUUAAAGGCAUUGUAAUAGAUCUUACAACAACAGAGGAUACAUGUGAUACUGUAGUGUGUGCUGUGAUUAAUGGAUAUUAUUAUCACAGAUAUACAGAAGAGUAUUAAAUGUUAAAAUUGGUAUGUGAUGAUAGUAUUAUGACACGAGUGUCCUGGUUUGUUGGUAUGACAGAUAUAUAUUUUCAAAGGCGUGUUGUCGGAUAUACUUCCCUUGCCAGUAUACGACCACAAAUAACACUACUAUGGUACCUAUAAUACUUAUAACAUAUAUAUAUCCUAUUUACUAUUACUGAAGAGCAUGUUUGUGUGUUAUCCUUUAACCUUCCAUGUAUACCCAAUACUUCAUUAAUCUCUAAAUUAAAAAGUGCUGGCAUAGCUUAAAUCCUUAUAA